AUUAUUAUAGACUAUAGAAUAUAUGUCUGUUUGCUUGUCCUUGUCACACACGGGGUUAAAAUACGCACGCAGACCAUCAUGUACAUUUUUGUCAUCGGCUUCUUGAUUGAUAAAUGUUUCCAUAUAGAUAACAAUCUGUUCUGUAUGAACUAUCAUGAAUUUUGUUUUGAAACGGCUAUCUUUAUUUCAAUUUCAAAAUACAAACCAUGCAUUGCAUAUGCGCAUAUAUCAAAUAUGUGUUGUGAUUCAUUUGUAACCGUAAUACUAUAGUGUGAAAAUUUUAUUGUCAAGAUCCUUUGUAGUGAGAAGUAGGUUAAAAGAGCAUACCGCAACAGAGGGUUGCUUGCUGUUCCUUUGACUCGUAAGGUGGUGCUUGAUAUAUUCCUUAGAUUUUAGUUUCACGAAUGUAUUUGGCGCUGUUCGAGAAAAUGUCACAAUCAGAAGUUUGCUUUCUGGGAUAGUUAUGAAAAUGAUUGGCCUUUUGUUAGAGAGAGUCCUUGCUGUUUCGCAUAAAUAUGUGAAUUACUGGGUACACUAGUUGGUAGUACUCAAAGACCCACAAAACUCUUUUACGUGUUUUCAGGUGCUCCCUGUUUUUGAUGACUCUUACGGUAAAUUAUUGAGUGUCACAGGAAGAUCUGAUUCAUUUAUUUGUUUAUGCUGUGAACUGGAACUGGUGUUUGAUUUUCAUUUCUCGAGGGAGAGUAUUCUGCAGAUUGAUAAACUCUAAAUAGCCAAUUGCUUUAAUUAUUUUCACUUAUUUUUAUAGUGACUGCAACACUCAAUCAUUCUGAGACAACAAUCAUGUCUCAUUCAUUGCAUUCCAACAUUAGGUGCUCCUCUUCUUCUUCCUCAUCAGCUUCUCCCAUACCAAGACUAAAUGGUGCAAGGAAAAGCAACAUAGCUGUUUUGAAGUUUGAGGAGACCAAAGAGAGAAUAAAGAAGAUGUUCAAUAAUGUUGAACUCUCUGUCUCGUCUUAUGACACUGCCUGGGUGGCAAUGAUCCCUUCAAAUUCUGGGCAGCACCCUUUCUUUCCUCAAUGUGUAAAUUGGUUACUAGAGAAUCAGCACUCUGACGGUUCAUGGGGUCUUCCUCAUCGUCAUCCUUUGCUUAUGAAAGAUGCUCUUUUAUCUACUUUAACUAGUGUACUUGCAAUGAAGCGAUGGGGUGUUGGCGAAGAACAAAUAGACAAGGGCUUGUCUUUCAUAGAGGAAAAUAUAGCUUCAGCCAUUGAUGAGAAGCAAUGUUCACCUAUUGGAUUUGAAGUAAUAUUUCCUACAAUGAUUGAUUAUGCCAAAAAAUCAGAUCUGAAUAUUACUCUUGAGCCAUCCAAUCAUAAUGACCUAGUUCAUAACAGAAAGGUUUCACUUGAAAGAGCCUCAGGAAGCUACUCAGAGGGUCAUGAAGCAUACUUAGUGUACAUUUCAGAAGGUCUUGGAAAGCCACUGGAUUGUGAAAGAGUCUUUAAGUACCAAAGGAAAAAUGGUUCUCUGUUUAAUUCUCCAUCCACCACAGCUGUUGCUUUUACAAACCAUGGGAAUGCUGACUGUCUUAAGUAUCUCUGCUCUGUUGUAGACAAGUUUGGAAGUGCAGUUCCAACAGUAUAUCCUCUAGAUAUUUAUGCUCGUCUCUCAAUGGUGGACAAUCUCCAAAGGUUGGGGAUAGAACGAUUUUUCAAAGAGGAAAUCAGAAGUGUACUGGAUGAAACAUACAAAUAUUGGCUGCAAGGAGAGGAGUGUGUUCUCUUAGAUGCUUCCACCUGUGCAAUGGCAUUUCGUUUAUUGCGUGUUAAUGGAUAUGAUGUAUCUUCAGAUCCAUUAAUUCGAUUUUCAGAAGAUUAUAUAUUCAAUUACCUUGGAAAUCAUACGAAGGAUAUAGAUGCUAUCUUGGAAAUAUUUAGAGCAUCCGAGAUCAUCAUACACCCAAAUGAAUCAAUCUUGGAGAAGCAAAAUUUCUGUACAAGUCAUUUUCUAGAACAAGAGUUAUUCAGCAUUUCAACUAGGGGAGAUAAACUCAAUAAAAAUAUUGGCAAAGUGGUAAGUGAAGCUCUUAAGAUUCCUUUCUAUGCAAACUUGGAACGACUAGCAAGUAGAAGAGCCAUAGAGUACUAUGACACUGAUAGUACGAGGAUUCUGAAAACUUCAUAUUGUUCCUCAAAUGUUCGGAGCAAGGAUUUCCUAAUAUUAGCAGUUGAAGACUUCAACAUGUGCCAAUCAAUACACCGUGAAGAACUCAAGACUCUUUCUAGGUGGGUUGUAGAGAAUAGGUUGGACAAGCUAAAGUUUGCUAGGCAGAAGCUGGCAUACUGUUACUUUUCUGCUGCUGCUACUCUUUCUUCUCCUGAAUUAUCUGAUGCCCGCAUAUCAUGGGCGAAAAAUGGGGUACUUACUACAGUGGUUGAUGAUUUUUUUGAUGUUGGAGGUUCAGAAGAGGAACUAGUAAACCUCAUUCAAUUGUUGGAAAAGUGGGAUGUAGAUGUCAGUGUUGAUUGUUUCUCGGAGCAAGUUGAAAUUAUUUAUUUAGCACUUCAUGGCACAAUCUCUGAAAUUGGAGAAAAGGCGUUCGUGUGGCAAGGACGUAGUGUGACAAAUCACAUAAUAGAGAUUUGGCUGGAUUUGCUCAAGUCCAUGUUGAAGGAAGCUCAAUGGUUGAAAUACGAGACCGUCCCAACAAUAGAUGAGUAUAUGAAAAAUGGAUACAUAUCAUUUGCCUUAGGACCUAUAGUCCUUCCAGCACUUUACUUAGUUGGACCUAUGCUUUCUGAGGAUGUUACAAGACAUCCUGAGCUCCAUUAUCUAUAUAAACUCAUGAGCACUUCCGGACGACUUCUCAACGAUAUCCACGGCUUCAAGAGAGAAUCCAAAGAAGGGAAACUGAAUAUAGUGUCAUUAAGCCUACUGGCGCGUGGUUUUGGCUCUGGUUCUUCUUCUGAAGAAGAGAUCAUUAAUGAAAUGAAAAGUGCUGUAAAUGGUAAGAGGAGAGAAUUGCUGAGGCUAGUUUUUAAGGAAAAAGAUAGCAUUGUUCCAAGAGCUUGCAAGGACUUGUUCUGGAAAAUGAGCCAAGUGUUGCACCUAUUUUAUGCCAAUGACGACGGAUUCACCUCAAAUGAGAUGAUCAAUGUCGCAAAAGCAAUAAUUGAGGAGCCCAUAAUUGAAAAUAAAUUAAGGUCAAGUGAAGAAGGUUGUGCAAGUGAAGAAAUUUCAAAUUGGGCAAAGAACUAAGUUUGCGGUGGAAAAGUUAUAUUCAGUUGCUAUAGCAACGGUCCAACAAUAAUAUUUGGUAGCAAACAUAUCAAGCGGUAGCAAGAGUUUUGUUAUUGGGGUUUGAAUGACUAUUGGUCUAAUAAAAAGGAACACGUGAGAAAAUUUUUAAUGAGGCAAUCAUUUGGUAUGAUUUUCUUUUCAGACAAAUCAUUGGGCUUGUACUUAGUUUUGCCUCUUGUGGAUCAAGGACAGAUGAGUGGAUAAACAAAGUUCCCAAUCUCAGUCAUUUAAUCAAUUAGUUAUGAGACUUAGUUCUUUAGUCAACUGGGGCCCUCUUAGAUUAGUCAGCCAGCCCAAUACCUCAUUCCUUAGCCCAAUAUUCAACCCUACCAACCAAUUCACCAUCUUCACUCCAAUCACUAUCCCAGCCGCCUCCAUCACUCACGGUUCACCCUCACCAGCCACCAUAACCACCGCCAUUCGACCGAACUCAGAAACCUGAACCCAUAACAGUCUCACCCAAAGCCAUCAUCACCCAAAUCGCACUCUUGAGCACUCUUACCCUUACGAGCACUCUUGAGUCGGCGCAAGACAUCCUCCCUCUCCUCAGUGGCUUUAGCCAACUGCGCAAGCAUAUCAUCUUCCUGUCCUAUAACCUCAUUAAGUGCCAACAAGAAUUCCACCUCGUAAUCUCCAUGGGUUGCGAGAGCCUCCGCCGCUUGCCUUUGAGCAUCUUUGGCCAUGCUAAGUUCAUUUUUUAACUGCCAAAUGUGAUCCACAUGGGAGGCCACCAAAGUAGACAAACGAUCCUCUCUGCCUUGGUGGACUCCAAGUCGCCCAAAAGAGUUUGGUAGUUGGAGGAGAAACUGAAAGCUCCACCUUGUGAAAGCACUUCUUGAGAUGCAACUGCCAUCUACAAAGGGAUGGCCAAACAAGGGAAGAAGUUAGAAGUAAAAAAAUAUAUAAUAACACUAACAUAAUGACACAGAUAUAAAAAAGAGAGAUUUGAAAGAAACAGUAAUUUUUUUUAGAGAGUGAAGGUUGUAAGGUUUUUAC